AGCAAAAUGAGCAGUGGUUGCCAAGUGCCUUCUUUUAUCAGUUUGGCUCCUUUCCUUUCAUUCAGACGGGAUGGACAGUUGGCUGCUUAUAACACUUCAGUAAGAGAACAGACAAAAGAUGUUCUCUGUCUCAAUUUUAGCCUAUGUACUGCGCUCUGUCAUUGUGCUCACGAUUGUAAAUUGGGUCGGAUCCAGGCAGCUCCGCUUUCUAGUGACUUUUUCAUUUCUCUUUUUCUUAGCGUCCCUAAGCUGACUUUCAGUUUCCGCAUACCACCUGCUUCCUGGCUGCCCUUGCUGGGCUCGCUUUGCCCCUUUCUGCCAGUUCAGUGCAGUGGUAGCUCCAUUGCAAUCCUUGCGUGGUAACUGUCCACACUUGCAGCAUGUCCCUUUCUUCCAGCGUGGCUGAGAUGCAGCUACCUUGUGCUGGGUUGGCAAUUUGGGCUCUGUCUGUGUGGAUAAUAAGGCAGCCCUCAAAAGUGCCAUCCUAAACUUCUCCCUGCAGAAGACUUAAUUACUGCCUCACUUAUGAUGUGCCUCUGGCAGAGAAACCCACCUGUAGCAGCUCAGCCUCACCUUCAUGGUCCCGUCUUUUGAAUCCUUCCCAGCAACACCAUACACUGCAAAUUGGCUGGACCGCCUGUUUCAUUCAUUUUACCAUCCCUCCUCUCUCCAUCCCUUUCUCGUCAGCUGUCCUUAGCAUCAGCCCUUUACUUCUUCCGGCAUAUCCCUGUUAACAUGGCUGGCCCCUUCCCCUUCUCAUGCCCUGUGAAUCUUGUCCUAUGGACUAAGAGAUGGAUGGAGGGCAAGGGUGGUGGGUGACAAGGAGUUUGUGUUUGAGCCUGAAUCUGUGUCUGUGCACACUGGGGUAAGCAUAACUCCACUGGCUGAAGGAAGUUGUUUAGGGCCUAAUCAUUCACAGAGCAGCUGAGCUGUUUUCUCCUGGCUGGGCCUCUCUGAUGCCUCAAGCUGUUGUGCUCCCUUAACAUGGUGCGUAAGGAUGAUCUUCUAUUUCCAAGUGAGGCCGGUUGGGUUUAGGGUGAGGCUGCAGAACCCUUUGGUGCUGGGCUGUCUUGUAGGAAAUGUGUCCAUUUCAUUGCCUUCGGCUAGUGUUCAAGGCUUUUCGAGUGACGUAGUUACAUAGCACAGGGCAGAAGUGAGCCACUCACUUGACAAAAUGGUGGCGAGUCCAACAGGAGAGUGCGUUGUUGGGUAGCUCAGUGCCUCCUGGUGGGGAGAGGCCUGGGUAGUGAGGGGGGUUUCCUGGCUUGUGGGUACGACAGCCUGCUUCCUCCUGUUGUUGGAGGAAAAUCCCAAAGCAAGUGAUGGUGUUAGUAUCCCUGGGUUCCUUGCAGACUGCCCAUGAACCAUGUCGUCCAUCCUGGGAAUGAUGAAGAAAUUCGGCAGCUCUGAUGUGGAGGAAUCUGAAGUCACCGACGAGCACACGGACGGGGAGGAUUCAACUCUGGGGACCCCUGACAGCCUGCAGGGCACCCAGAGCACCAAGUUGCAGCCACCCCCCAAAAGCAACAUCUUUAGCCGCCGAGGGCGGUUCGUGAUGGGGGACAGUGAUAAGGACAUGGCUCCCAUGGACUCCUUCUACCCGAUGGACCACUUGAUGUGUCCGCCCAUCAUCAAGUUCAGUGCCAAUUUGGAAAAAGGAAAGCUUCACCAUCAUUUUGGCAAGCUCCUGUCCACUGAGUCCAUCACAAGCUGCUCAGAUAAAGCUUUCAAGUACUAUGAUCGCAGGAGGAUCUUUGAUGCUGUAGCCCAAGGCGACAUAAGUGAUCUGGACCACCUGCCGAUGUAUCUUAGUCGGACCUUGAAGCAUCUCACAGAUGAUGAGUUCAAAGAGCCGGAGACCGGGAAGACCUGUUUGUUGAAAGCCAUGCUGAACCUGCACGAAGGGAAAAACAAUGCCAUUCCCCUGUUGCUGGGUAUUGCAGAGAAAACAGGCAAUCUGAAAGAGUUUGUUAAUGCUGGUUAUACUGACAACUACUACAAGGGUCAGACCGCACUCCAUAUUGCCAUUGAAAGGAGAAAUAUGUAUCUGGUGAAGCUCUUGGUCCAGAAUGGAGCAGAUGUUCAUGCCAGAGCCCACGGCGAGUUCUUCAGAAAAAUCAAAGGGAAGCCAGGCUUUUAUUUCGGUGAGCUGCCUCUUUCUCUCGCUGCCUGCACCAACCAGCUGUGCAUCGUGAAAUUCCUCCUGGAGAACCCGUAUCAGCCAGCCAACAUCGUGGCCGAAGACUCCAUGGGAAAUACAGUCCUGCACGCGCUGGUGGAAGUGGCGGAUAACACCAAAGAUAACACCAAGUUUGUCACCAAGAUGUACAACAACAUUUUGAUCCUUGGAGCCAAAAUUAACCCAAUGCUGAAGCUGGAAGAUCUCACUAACAAGAAGGGCCUGACUCCUUUGACCCUGGCAGCAAAGACAGGGAAGAUAGGGAUUUUCGCCUAUAUCCUCAGACGAGAGAUCAAAGACCCCGAGUGUAGGCACCUGUCUAGAAAGUUCACCGAAUGGGCCUAUGGACCAGUCCACUCCUCUCUGUAUGACCUGUCCUCUGUAGACACGUGUGAGAAAAACUCUGUGCUCGAGAUCAUUGCCUAUAGCAGCGAAACCCCUAAUCGCCAUGAGAUGCUCCUGGUGGAACCACUGAACAGGUUGCUGCAGGACAAGUGGGACCGGUUUGUCAAACACUUGUUUUACUUCAACUUCUGCGUGUACGCCAUCCACAUCAUCAUACUCACCAUCGCCGCUUACUACCGGCCUGUGAAAAAGGAGAGAGAACAGCCUCCCUUCGCAUUUGGCUACAGCACUGGGGAGUAUUUCCGUGUCACUGGAGAGAUCCUGAGCGUGCUGGGAGGUCUCUACUUCUUUUCCAGAGGGAUCCAGUAUUUUGUGCAGAGGCGCCCGUCGUUCCGGACCCUGCUAGCGGACAGCUACAGUGAGGUUCUUUUCUUUGUCCACUCGCUGCUCCUGCUGAGCUCCCUGGUGCUGUACUUCAGUGGGCAGGAACUGUAUGUGGCUUCCAUGGUCUUCUCCCUGGCACUGGGCUGGGCUAACAUGCUGUACUACACCCGAGGCUUCCAGCAGAUGGGCAUUUACUCGGUCAUGAUUGAGAAGAUGAUCCUGAGAGACUUAUGUCGCUUCAUGUUUGUCUACCUAGUAUUUCUCUUGGGAUUUUCCACAGCGGUGGUGACUCUGAUUGAAGAUGACAAUGAGGGACAAGACAACAGCACUGCUGACUGUCCCCGAUGCUGCCAACUGAAGCGUAGCCGCACAUCCUACAACAACCUUUACUACACCUGCCUGGAGCUGUUCAAGUUCACCAUUGGCAUGGGAGAUCUGGAGUUCACUGAGAAUUACAGGUUCAAGUCUGUCUUUGUCAUCCUGUUGGUCCUGUACGUGAUCCUAACCUACAUCCUCCUGCUCAACAUGCUCAUUGCCCUGAUGGGGGAAACGGUGAACAAGAUCGCACAAGAGAGCAAGAGCAUUUGGAAACUCCAGAGAGCCAUCACCAUCCUGGACAUUGAGAACAGCUACCUGAACUGUGUGAGACGCUCGUUCCGAUCUGGGAAGAGAGUCUUAGUGGGGACGACACCUGACGGCAAGGACGAUUAUAGAUGGUGCUUCAGAGUUGAUGAGGUGAACUGGUCCACGUGGAACACAAAUUUGGGCAUAAUCAAUGAGGACCCUGGAUACUAUGGAGAUUUGAAGAGAAACUCCAGUUUUUCCUUUAAAGCUGGCAGAGUUUCAGGGAAAAACUGGAAGACUUUAGUUCCCCUACUGAGAGAUGGCAGCAGACGGGAAGAGGCACCAAAGCUGACAGAAGAAGUCAAGUUUAAAUCUGUUUUGGAGCCUUGUUACGAGUCUGACAACUUCAAGGCACCGAAAGAUUCAAUUCCAAAGUCGGCGUAACUGUGUUGUUGUUGUAUUUCUUUUAUAAGUACUACUAUUAUUUUUUUUUUUUUUUUUUUGGUUUUCAGGAGAAAGUCAGUUCUUAUUGCCUCUGCGAUCACAGGGUCCCCCCUAGGAGAGGAGGGCUUUCUGGGGACAGCUUAAAGGGAACGAGGAAGACACUGUAUGUAGUAAUUCACUGAGUAUGCUAAGUAAACAGCUUGUUGUUUUA